CAAAGUUAAAUGUCAAUAUGUCAACUUAAUUUAGUGGGAAGGGUGUUUAUAGUAGGUGUAAUAAUAUAAUAUAAUUUAGUUAUUAAUUAUGGAAAGAUAAUUGUACUACAUAUUAGAAGAAAGGAAAAAGUAUGGUUUUUUGUAUGUAUUUACUCUCGUUUUAUUUCAACUAUCUGAAUGUGACUAUAUCCUCUUAAAAGGGGUAGCGUCGUCCUACCACAUUGUAUAUCUAUUAACAAUUACUGCUGAUCUUUAACAGGGUACCUACCUAUUAAUAUUAAAAAAUGGCAAAAGCUAAAGUCGGGGUGGACUGGAAGAGAAGAGUUAAGCAGGAAUACAUGAGGUUGCGACAGAUUAAAAGGUAUAAGAGAGCUGAUGAUGUAAAGCUAGCAUGGAAUCAAAAUAGAUCAAAGAUGAGUGAAAUUCUUAUUGCAGAACAGAAACGUUGGACUGAUGGUAAAGCUUUUUGGGGAAACACUCCUGAAUUACCGGCCCACUCAACAUGCAUGAAAAAAGCAGAAGUUAUUGGCAAUGAAGGGGAUAUACAGGUGACUACUAUCAAAAUAAUGAAUGCAGUAACACCUAUUCCAACCAUGUACACUUGGGCACCAAUACAGCAAAAUUUUAUGGUAGAGGAUGAGACUGUAUUACAUAAUAUUCCUUACAUGGGAGAUGAAAUUUUGGAUCAAGAUGGUACAUUUAUAGAGGAACUUAUCAAAAACUAUGAUGGAAAGGUACAUGGUGAUCGAGAAUCUGGUUUUAUAGAUGAUGAAUUAUUUGUGGAGCUAGUUCACGCAUUGGUCAAUUAUCAGGAAAAGGAUAAAGGCGAAAAAAAGAAAGAAGAGAAGGAAAAGGAGAAAGAAAAGAAAGAAAAAACAGAAGAAACAAAAGAUAAGAAAAAAGAUGACAUGGACUUUCCCACUUUUAUUAUUUUUCAGUCUAUUUCAUCUCAGUUUCCUGAUAAAGGUGGUCCUGAAGAACUAAGAGAUAAGUAUGUGGAACUGACUGAAAGAACUGAUCCCAAUGCUCCUCCAGAGUGUACACCAAAUAUUGAUGGACCCAAUGCUGCAUCAGUGCCUAGAGAACAAACUCUACAUUCAUUCCAUACUUUAUUUUGUAGAAGGUGCUUUAAAUAUGAUUGCUUCCUACAUAGACUGCAAGUUUGCCAUCCUGGACCCAAUCUGCAGAAGCGUCGUGGGCCUGACCUAAAACCUUUCACUGAUCCAUGUGGAACUGACUGCUAUUUACUUUUGGAUGUAGUGAAAGAAACAAUGGCUGCCAAAGCGAAGCAGGAAGAAGAGUCUGAAAAAGAAAAAGAGAAAGAAGUUAAAGCUAAAGUACCUAAAACUGCCGCAGAAACGGUCACAGAACUGAAAACGAACGGCGUUAGCAACCAGUCUCCGAGGAAGAUCUGUAAACAGCAGAGUGUUGAUUCUGGAAACGAAGCAAGCUCUGAAGAUAGCAACGAUAGUAAUAAGUACAAAGAUAAUGAUAGUUCCGAUCCAGUUUCUACCACAACGUCGUUUAGUUUAUUGGGUUUGAUGGGAGCCAACGAUCACAAGGAAUGGACCGGUUCAGAUGAGAGUCUAUUCCGAGGACUGCAUAAAGUUUUUCUUAAUAAUUACUGUGCCAUUGCUCAAAUUAUGCUAACCAAAACCUGUCAACAGGUUUAUCAUUUUGCUCAAAAAGAGUCGGCAGAUAUACCACCCGAAGAACAAAUUCGCGACUAUACUCCACCUCGCAAGAAGAAGAAGAAGCAUCGUCUUUGGUCUAUGCACUGUCGAAAAAUCCAGCUCAAAAAAGACUCAAAUAGUAAUCAUGUGUACAACUUUACGCCAUGCGAUCAUCCAGGACAAAACUGUGAUCAUAACUGCCCGUGUAUUGGUGCGCAAAACUUCUGCGAAAAGUUUUGUAACUGCAGUUCAGACUGUCAAAAUAGAUUUCCUGGAUGUCGAUGUAAAGCUCAGUGUAAUACCAAGCAGUGUCCUUGCUAUUUAGCUGUUAGAGAAUGUGAUCCUGAUCUUUGUCAAACGUGCGGUGCAGACCAGUUUGACAAUACAAAAAUUACUUGCAAAAACGUCAGUGUUCAAAGAGGAUUGCAUAAACACUUACUGAUGGCGCCGUCUGAUGUAGCUGGAUGGGGCAUAUUUUUAAAAGAUAGUGCCCAAAAAAACGAGUUUAUAUCGGAAUAUUGUGGAGAAAUAAUUUCUCAGGACGAAGCUGAUAGAAGAGGAAAAGUAUAUGACAAAUAUAUGUGCAGUUUUCUUUUUAAUUUAAACAACGAUUUUGUGGUGGAUGCAACUAGAAAAGGAAACAAAAUCAGAUUUGCUAAUCAUUCAAUUAAUCCAAAUUGUUAUGCCAAAGUGAUGAUGGUCAAUGGUGAUCAUAGAAUUGGAAUUUUUGCAAAACGACCUAUCCAGCCAGGAGAAGAACUAUUUUUUGACUACAGAUAUGGUCCUACCGAGCAACUGAAGUUUGUAGGAAUAGAACGAGAAAUGGAAUUCUUAUAGUCUUAACGUGAUGUUUUAUUUAAUUUUUUCCUCUGUUCACAUUUUGGCCUGAUUAUUUUAAUUUUAUAUAUUUUGACUUUUGAAAAGUACACAUUAAGUAUUCGUGUGUAAUUUUACAACUUUUAGUAUUGAAAUAUACACUUUAUAUAUAC